AUGGCUGAACGUCACCCCUGCUGCUACAUCAUGGUCCUGCCACCCCAAAACUAUAUUAAACUAAACGUUGAUGGCCAUGUCCCAAGUGUAGGAUGGGCGGGGUUGGGGGUAGUUGCUAGAGACCAUAGGGGUGAGUUGGUUGCGGCUGCUGUGAAGAGAAUCCACCUGACCCAAGCAGAGAUUGCAGAAGCUCAGGCCGUAAGAUAUGCUCUACAGCUAGCAAGGAGACUCGAGUAUAGCCAUAUUUGGAUAGAGAGUGAUGCGCAAGAGGUUGUUCAUGCUAUUAAAACCAAAAGCAAUGGGGUCACGCCUUUUCACCUAGUUAUUGAAGAUGUGAAGAGUGAUAGCUUUAAUUUCAAUGAUUGUAUUUUUUCUCAUGUUAGACGGGUAUAUAACACUGUGUCUCUUCAACAUAUUUGUGAAGCCUACAGCAACUAG